AUGUCAGACUGGGAAGGCGAUCAUGACAACAGCCAUCCUUUAGUUCGCUGCCAAGAGCGUAUUGAAGAAGCUGCAAAGACGGAUCCUUCGGAAUUGAGGAUCUUGGAAUUGGAGAACAAAAUUGCUUCCUUGGACGAUCGGUUCACUCGCCUUGAAAAAAGAAUGGAUGACCAGGAGCUUGCCAUGAAUGAACGUUUCGUAUCCUUGGAACAACUUUUGAUACGGGUCGUUUCCAAGCUUUCUGCAUAG